UAAACCAUAGACAAUUACUAUUUAUGUCCGCCAUUCAUUCUUUUGAGUUGCUUUUUCGUUUUACGAUUCCCUAUUGAGCACGAUUUGUCAUCAAGAUCGACGCAACACCAUCGUGCUUUAGUAAUUACGUGGAAGCGGCCGAAAUACAAGUGAACGCGCCAGAACCCCACCUGGCGCGGACUGAAACCCCCCCUGCUUUCUGACGUGAUCCAUCCGCGAGAUCGUAUCGUGCAAGUGAUGGUUUCGCUUCCCGUUUACGUUAUCGCAAACGUUUGCUCGAGUGCCUGAUGGUGGAACUAUGUACGAUUAGCAGGAGCAACCAGAGGGAGGACUCAACAUGGGGGCUUUUUUAAACAAGCCGGAGACUAAGAAGUAUAACGAGAGUGGGGAAGGGAAUGGACUUCGCUAUGGCGUGGCGUCGAUGCAAGGCUGGCGCGUGGAAAUGGAAGAUGCGCACCACGCGCAGCUGACGCUCAAUGGCACUCUAUCGGACUGGUCAUACUUUGCUGUAUUUGACGGACACGCGGGCGCGCGCGUCUCGGCACACUGCGCCGAAAACCUGCUUGAAUGUAUCCUCCAAACGGAUGAGUUCCGGCGUGAAGCGAUUGCCGACGCGAUUCGCGCCGGUUUCCUCGACCUGGACAAGAAGAUGCGGGAACUGCCCGAGCUGUCCAACGGCGAAGAGAAGUCGGGCUCGACGGCCGUCUGCGCGUUCGUGUCGCCGAAGCAGAUCUACAUUGCAAACUGCGGAGAUUCGCGAGCGGUGCUUGCGCGGAACGGCGCGCCGAUAUUCGCGACGCAGGACCACAAGCCGGAGCUACCGACGGAGAAGUCACGCAUCGUGCAGGCCGGCGGCUCGGUAAUGAUCCAGCGCGUGAACGGCAGCCUAGCCGUGUCGCGCGCGCUUGGCGACUACGAGUACAAGAAGGUGAUGGACCGUGGGCCGUGCGAGCAGCUGGUGUCGCCGGAGCCCGAGGUGUUCGUGCACGAGCGUUGCGAAGCUGAAGAUGAGUUCCUGGUGCUGGCAUGUGAUGGGGUGUGGGACGUCAUGAGCAAUGAGGCACUCUGUGCAUACAUUCACUCGUUGCUACGCCUCACAGAUGAUCUGACCACUGUCACCAACCAGGUCAUUGACACGUGCCUCUACAAAGGCAGCAAAGAUAACAUGAGCAUCGUGCUGGUGGUGUUCCCGUCGGCGCCGAAGCCAGACCCGGAGGCCAUCCGCGCCGACCGCGAGCUGGACGAGACGCUGCGCCAGCGGCUCACAGCUUUGAUCCAGAAGAGCGCGGACAGCGAGGAGCGCGAAGACACGUCGUGCCACUUCUCGUUGGUGCUGAAGCAGCUGCUGCAGGAGAACAUCCCCGGCCUGCCGCCCGGCGGGGGGCUCGCCGCCAAGCAAGCGCUGCUGGACAAGAUCUACAGGGAGUUCUACCCGGAGCAUGCGGACAGCUCCGACACGUUCGACUGCCAGGCCGAGCUGGCCGAGGCCUUCCAGACCAACUAGGCGCCCCCCGCGAGAUGUACCGCGGCAGUAGUCCAUGUUCGUAAUAUCGCUGUUAGACUUCCAUUUCCUAUGUCCCUCCCCACACUUCCCGUGAGCGGAACCAUCUCCACUGUCAAUAGCGUCGACGGGUCGCCCGUACUGGGGGCAGGGCGCGUUCGUUCCGCUUAGUGGAAUACUUAUUCGUAGUACAAAUGGAAUCGAAUCGCGGCUCCGUCGCCCGCCGGGUGAAACUGAAGAGAUAUUUUUGUAAAUAAAAUACCGCGCGUCGACGCACCGCGGCUGCGGCGCCUGGCUGCGGCGGCUGGACUUUUAAACGGCUUUGUAUAAAAUCCCGCUUGUAUGGACUGAAGUACUGUACUGUGUCCUGUCCGGGCGGCGCCGCAGUCGGCGGCAACCUGCGGCGGUCCGCAGCGGUUCGCGGCAACCCGUCGUAGUCGGCGGCAACCCGCCGCAAUCCGCAGCGGUUCGCGGCAACCCGCACGCAUGUAGCUCACAUUUGUAUAGCAGCAUUACACCAGGUUUUCCGCCGCAGUACAUUUAUUUCAUAGAUAUUUUUCGUGUUACAUUAUUGGCCAUUCAUAAAUGUCAUAAUAUUAGAUGUGUAAUAUAGAGAUUCGAAUAAAAUAUAUAUUAUAUAAAUAAAAUACAAAAUGUUGUCUCGACAUAGUUCACCGGCAGAGCGGCUUGUUAGUGCCGCCUCCGUGCCACUGCCGACGAGUCGGUGUGGCCAGUCGCAGUGGUUCAUGGUUUCUGCAAUAUUUGUCGAGUAAUAUUCUUGGUUUCUGAUUAUAAUCGGAUCACUUCUGAUUGAUAUCGAUUCAAAGCCUAAAGUAUUUAUAGAGUUCUCAUUUUACAACAUGCCUAGUUCCUUUUUGUACAUAUUUUCUAUAUUUCACCUACAUAGUCAUUGUCCAAAACGUUAGUCAUCUAUUAUCAUAUUGAUUUAAUGUAGCGUAAAUAUUUCUUAAUUGGGAUUUGGAAUUUUAUGGGGUUUUUAUUAUUAGUUGUUUCCGGACAGAGUUGUAUGUACUUCAUUUUCGGGUUUGUUAUUACAUUUAGAUAUAAUUGGCGCUUCUAAAUUUAACUUACGCAUUAUCCCUCGGUUUAUAUUUCCGAAGUUCUUAAUAAUUUGGAAUGUAAUCGCUUCGUACUUAGAACAUAAUCUAUGUUAAUUGGCACUCACGAUGGCUGCCUGUCAGCGGCUAGUUCACACGACCGUACAAACGUAUCGAGUAGUCUGACAACAAAUAUACUCGUACACACUAUUGUUACCAAAUUGAAAAGAAGUAAUAGCUAUCUUUUUAAAUGACAAAGAGUUUAUUUCUUUUCCUCUUGUAAAUAAAAGAAUAAAAUGAGAUAUUUUGUACCUGUUCGAGCGAAUUAGAGUGUAUUACUUUAUGUAGGUGUAGUUUGGCACGCGCAUAGUUGCGGGCUGGCUGGCUCUGAGCGCCGCAAGAGGCGCGGGGCCGACGGCCGCCCGCUGCUCUGACGAGACCAAACUAAUAUUCAACUCACUAAUGUAAAAUAGAUUAUACUGAACAAAUAUGUACUUGUCGAUUUUUAAAACAAAACAGAUGACUUUCUCAGCACUUGCUAUGUAUUCAAUAAAUUGUCUUAUUCUGUAGUUAAGCCGCCGCGUGCAACACCGUCACCGGUGCUGUAUCGCGCGUCUCACGAUCGGUUGCAAGAACUGAACGACUCUUGGACCCACUCUCGCAACUUGAUAGAAAACAUAAAUUGAGGAUCAGUUUUUGCACCAAUCAAAUGUUGUAUCUCGAAAAAACCCUCUCUUCGUCAGCCCAUUGUCAUGGACAAUUACUAUUUAUUGUUAUUUUCUUGAUAUGUAAUACAUUUAGUGACGAUUCUUUGCACCGUUGCGUUAUUUCUGGUUACUUCUAGUGCUAUUUUAGGUUAUUUUUUAAUUGAAUAAUGUUUGUUUUUAUCCUUUCGUGAGUUAAUUAGACCAAAUAUUUCUGGCAGUGGGUUUUGAAAUGGAGUAUUUUUAUAUCCACCGGAGGAGAAAAAUGUAAAUUUAACGUAUGGUUGUAUUUUAUUAUUAUUAUAAUUUCGCUUUCUGACGAAAGUCUACGUUGUCUUACGGAGUGUGUCUCGUUAUUAUCUAGUAGACGCUUGAACAAUAAAUAAAUACCUGUACCUUUACAAA